AAUAUACUUAUUUGAUAAUAUUUUAAAAUUAGUACAUUAACCAUUAAACUUCCAAUAACGAUUUUUCAAAAGUGCAUUAGGUACUGAUUUUUUGGGGGAUUGUGGAGUAGUUGCUGCUCUUACGUAUGUAUAUAAAUAAAAAUAUAUAAACAUACAUAUAUAUGAUAUGCACAUUCCUUUCCAUUUCAUAUUUUGUUCAUUUACAACAGAAAAAAAAACAUGGGUAGUCCAUUCUUCCAUGAAUUGAAAAAACAAGCAUCUUUAAUGUUAAAGGAGAAGGUAAUAAAACCCGCUCGUUUGGCGCUGACUGAUGUAACUUCUAUUCAACUGAUGACAGAAGAUGUCACAAAUGGAAAUUCGUUGUUGCCACUUGAUACACGAACACUCAAACUGAUUUCAAGGGCUGCCUUUGAAAUUGAUGAUUAUUGGAGAAUCACAGAGAUUUUGCAUAGAAGGCUAUUAAACUUUAAUAGAGAGAACUGGCGUGGACCUUACAAGGCUAUGAUCUUAUUGGAAUACCUUCUAACUCAUGGACCUCUUAGAAUAUUUGAGGAGUUUCAAGAUGAUAAAGAUAUUAUAAAGCAGAUGGGAAGUUUUCAGUGUGUUGAUGAGAAAGGGUUCAACUGGGGAUUAAGAGUUAACAAGUUAUCUGAGAAGGUGUUAAAGCUUCUCUUGAACUCAUCAUAUUUCAAAGAAGAGAGAGCUAGAGCUCGAAAGCUGAGUAUAGGAAUCAAAGGGUUAGGGAGCUUCAACCCACGUUCAUCUUCCAUUGAUGGAAAUUUGAAAGAGUUCUCUACCAAGUCAUAUGAAAGAUGUAAUUCUGAUUAUAUUUAUCGUCGAAGUGAGGAGAGUAUGUUCUUGGUUGAAGAUGGAGUCAGGGAAGCACAAUCCAGAACCGAAGAAAAUGCUAUGUGGGAACACUCCUUUUUUGGCAAUCAACACUAUCAAACCAAGAAACCCCUGCUUUGAUUACAAUAGUUUAAGUCAACCUUUGACAUCGUUUGUUUGAUAAACUUAAGUUUAUUUGAAGAUGAUAUUUUGAGUGUAAAAAUGCUGAGAAGAAGCCUCACUUGCAAGUCUUCAUUCAGAAGAACUGCUUUUGCCGUGUAAAUAAAAUUUAGUUUUCACGUGGAUCAUA